AUGAAUAUAAUUGAUAAUGUUGACAAUAUCAAAAUUGAAUUUAAUGAGAAUUCAACGAUUUUAGACCACGAAUAUCAUGAAACAACAGUAGCUGUUAAGACAAAUAUGGAAGAUUUAGACGCAACAAUAAUUGAGAGUGCUUUAAAUCGAAACACUAAAACUUGGAUAAGUCAAAACGAUUCUUUGUCUUCCGUAAAUUUUGAUCAGGCAAAUUUGCUGCUAACUGAUAAUUUUUUAAUUUCCAAUGAAAAGGAACACCACGACAAAAAUAACGAUUUGUUGAGUUGCAUUAAGAUUACAAAAGUUGAAUCAUUAAGUAGAAGAAAUAAUUUAUGGACAGAAACUGCAGAUGAAAAUAAUUAUGAAGAACAGGAUAUAAUAUACGAUACUAAAAAAGAAAAUUUCGAUUAUGAUGACAAAACUGAUAAAAGUAAUAAAACUAUUGACGCGCAAAAUCAGUUUAAAAAAUGUAUGGACAUGGCUACAUCAUCGACGUUAAUCAAAAAUAUUUCACUUGCAGAUGAACUUUUAGUUUCAAAUGAUGAUUUAAAAAAUAUUCGAAUUCCGUCCAUAGAAACUCGUAUAAGUAAUCAGAAACAGAUUAAAGUUGAAGAUGAUACAAAUUGUUUUGAAAGUUUUCAUCAUAUACCAAAUAUUUCAAAGUCUUUUCUUCCUUUCGUUCUGCUUGAAAGAAUUGAAGUGCCCGGAAAAGUUGUGGAACCUUCAAAUUUAGUUGCGAAGACUAAUGAAAAAAAAUUGACAGAAGUAUCAUUUCAAGGUGAAACUAAUAAACCCGUUGAUUCAGAGAAGCCAUUGCAAAAGAAUAAAUCGUGUCGUGUGGUUGGUAGACAAACUUGUAAGGAAUGUGGCUACUUAGCCCGCAGUAAAUACCACUUGAAUGUUCAUAUGGGAAAACAUAAGCAUGAGAAAUCUAUGCAGUGUCCAGAAUGUUCAUUUAAAACUUCUUAUAAAUCUAGUUUGAUACUUCACAUGCGUCGGUUUCAUCAAGAUCAAAUGGUUAGUUGUGAGCUUUGUGAUUCUAAGUUCAUAACAGCAAAUGAUCUGAGAGAACAUGUGCGCAAUCAUACUGAAAACAAGUGCGAUAUUUGUGAAAAAUCGUUUAGACGAUUAUGUAAUUUAAAAGCACAUAUGAUUUCUCAUUCUGAAGAGAGACCGUAUGAGUGUAAUAUUUGUCACAAUAAAUUUAAGAGAGCUAAUACUCUGACAUCUCAUUUGGGAACGCACGUAGUCAAACAGACAGCAAGGAUUUCACGUAAAAUUUGGUCAAGAGAACGCACACGUAUUCAUACUGCAAAAGAUCCAAUCGCGUGCCAUAUUUGUAAAAAAACGUUUGGAGCAUUACGUCAUUUAAAACGACAUAUGAUUUCUCAUUCAGAAGAAAGACCGUAUGAGUGUAAUAUUUGUCACUAUAAAUUUAAGAGAGCUAGUGACCUGACAUCUCAUUUGGGAACGCACAUAGUUAGACACAGCAAGGCAUUCAUGUAA